AUGUCAAUAUCAUAUAAAGAUUUUAGGUAUCCAGAAUGUUGGAAAAGAAAUCCAAAUUCAAAAAAUCAAUAUUUUGCAGAAAUUUUUAAAGAUUCAAUUAAAGUUGGUAUAUAUGAAUUAAAAAAUCAAAAACAUUAUUCAUAUAUGGAGGAUAUUGUUGGAAUUUGUAGAUAUUUUUAUCCAACUAUUGAUAAUGAACAAUUGACAUUAUGUGGUACUUUUAUGAAUUGUCAUGAACAUAUUUUAUUCACUGAUCAAUUUUUAAAUAGUGAUGUUGAACCACCUACACUAUGUGAAAAGUUAACAAUCCUUUUACAAAAUAGUUUAAAACAAUGGGCUAUUAAAUAUAAGAAAUUGGAAACUUAUAAUAUAACAAUAACAACAUUAAUCCAAUGGAUGUAUUCGGUGUACCCAUUAAAUAAAAUCUCUGAUUUGACAGAUCCAAUUCAUAUGGAUUUAUAUACAUUUAUUCGUAAAGUUAAUUGUGGGGUUCCAUCAUCGAUCGCUGUUGUUCUUUUAGUUGAUAAAGAAAUAAAUGAAAUUGAUAUUUCAAAAAUUUUGUUAGAUCCAUUUUCACUUGGUAUUCAUAAAAGCAAUCCAUUAUACUUUUUACAAAUUAAUGAAAAUUUAUCAUAUGAUGAUAUAUUAAAAUCAAUAAUAAAUAAAUGCAAUCAAAGAGUAAAUCAAAAAGUUAAUGAUGAAGAAUUGUUAUUAAAACAAUUAAAAGAACAAGGAUAUACUGAAAAUCAAUUAAAUCAAGUAAAUUUAAUUUUAAACUAUAUUCAUUAUAUUAUUCAAGGUAAUAUAGGCUAUUCAAUAUGUUCCAAAAGAUAUAAUUCUAUAGAUCAAGAAGAUAAAACCUUAUUUGAAAAAAACAGAUCAUGUUAUAUAUAA